AUGAUUGAGAAUGUCAACCCUGGAUCUCGUCUCAAAAGCACUGGCUCGUCCCAGGUCUGCACGCCCAACAGGAGCUCUCGUCCUCAUUAUGCCAUGCCUACUCUUUCCUCGUUGCGGAAAUCUGGUCAACCUGCUACUCCGCAAUCUGUUGAAGGGACCCUGUUUUCAGGGCAAAUAUCGUGUAAUCUUGACGCUUUGUUCAACAAUCCCUUGGAAGACUCGGAGUUGAACAAAAAGAAACCACGGACAACCUUCAAAGGCCCUGCUAAGCUGCGACCCUCCAAGAGGCCAAGUUCUACAAGCUCGGAAGAAGAUCUGUUUGAAGAUGCCGCUAGAUAUUUAUUCCACAGUACGAUAGAGAAACUACAGAACAAAGAAAAUGCUGACCUUGGGAAGAUCACCCCUCACAACUUUCGAUUACCCAUUCUUCAAGACUAUCUACCAUCUUCGGGCUCUGAAGUUUCCUGGAAACAAGUCGAAGACAUGUUUGACUCUGAUCUCCAACAGGUGGAUAAAGCCGUUCCGAUACCUUCCAAAUUGCUAGAGGAAACCAAAGAGGGCAAAAGCGUGCCUCUGGAAAAAUACGUAGAGUUGGUCCGGACCUACGAAACCCUCCGCUCAAGUUUUGUUGAAAAGAUUAAUCGUGACAAGCAGUUAUUUCACCGUUUCUUUUCAUCCGAGUGUUGA